CUCGUUCUUAGUUUCCCCCGGAUAUUUAACAGAUCUUUAUAAGUUUUCGUUUUAUUAUAGUCCACGGCAUUUGGAUAGAUCUGGGCUUCCAUCGUUGACAACCAUUCCGGGAUUUUGUUAUAAUGUGCCUUUUUAAUACUCUGCCAUGUUUGGUAUAGCGCAUGUCUGAUUGUAUGACUCUGAAAGUAUUCAUGUUUUUUGUCUGUGCCCUCCCAUAGGAAGGCAUGCCAUCCUUGCUGAAGAUCGAAUCCUUCUAAAUUUAAUAGUCUAUGGUUUUUGAGUUCCAUCCACUCCUUGAUCCAAAUUAAUACAGAUGCUUUGUAAUAGAUUUCCCAAUCGGGCAGUGCCAGUCCUCCUCUCUCUUUUGAGUCUUGUAGGUGCUUUAAUUUAAUUCUUGCCUUCUUCCCUUGCCAUAUGUAGUCUGCAAUUAGUUGCCUUUCUAGUGCAAACCAGAACACGGUGAAUCCCUAAUCCUGCUUGUGGUUUUUGCCAAGUCCAAAUACUCAAAGGUCUUCUCUGCAUGUAGAAAUAUUUCUAAUUGUUUUUAUUAUAUGGUUUCAAAUAUCAAACACAACUAUGAUGUUAUUCUUCAAGUAUCUUUUAGAUAAAAAAAAAGCACAACUUUUAUUAGAGGUUAUCUGAAACCUCUUCUUGUUGCCUCAAUACUUCUGUUGGGCUAAGUAUCAGGGCUGAGCCCCUUUGCCAUCCGCCACAAGACACAGGCUGGGUUUUAUAGAGAGACUUUUCUCCCUUGUCUUUUGACCGCCCUGCCAUUUCUGACAGGAUUUUCCUCAUUUUUGAGGCCUUAAUAAUCUCACCUAGAGAGGACGGAUAAUCUCACCUAGAGAGGACGGCAUCUUGAGAGGGGGGUGAAUAAGUUAUCCAACCAGAACCCUGUUACUGUGCUACCUUUUAUCUGCUUGUGUAAAACUAUAAAAAUAAAGCUCUCGGGGAGACCGGGAGAGAUAUCUUAGAGACAUUUUGGAAAACAUCUUGAAACAGAGCAAAAGCCUGGACCUCUGAUUUACAACAAAUGGCAGCCCCAUAUAGAGCUUGUUGAAAUAGUCAAGACGGGAAGUGACUAGGGCAUGAAUGACUUAGUAGGGAUUUUAGCUUCAGGAAAGGGUAAAAUCAUCUUUACAUUUGACUAGAAAAAAUUUUCUUUUACUCCAAAGAUCUUAAGGUUCCUACUCAAAUUUCCUGAGGUGUAUUGCCUAUUCAACAACCAAAAUAAAACUAUUCAUCUCUCUCUCUUUUUUUUUUGCCUCGUAGUAUUUGAGAUUUAUAUUCAUUUUUCAGUAUUUGCUUUCCUUCAUUUUGUGAUUCCACUUUUUCUCUAGUCACAUAUGAGACUUUAUUCUCCCAAUCUUAAUUUCUCCAUCAUGGCAGCUUGUUUUGAGGUAAAAAAAUUUAAAGGUGCACAACUUUGAGCUUUCACUCGAUUUUGGGAAUUUUCUUUUAAUGCUUCAUUUUCAUUGGGACGUAUGGUUAUUCUCAGUAUUACAGGCUGCCUUUAGUGUUUCCUUGGCUAAGCAGAGGCCUGAAUUUAGAAUGGCAGCUGUAAUAAUUGAACUCACUAAAGAAAAAUCAAUACAAAUCUCAAAUUUCCUCAACCUUUCACUUUCCUCCCUGUGUCUCUGCAAGCCCCCUGAUCUCCCCUCACUUCAAGGCUGAGUUUGCCAUCCGCCACAAGACACAGGCUGGGUUUCAUAGAGAGACUUUUCUUCCUUGUCUUUUGACCGCCCUGCCAUUUCUGACAGGAUUUUCCUCAUUUUUGAGGCCUUCUCUUGGGAAUCCCUGGAGACCCUUCAGAGAAGCUGCUCUUCAGGAAAGGGAUUUUUGAGUCUCCACAAAGAUUUUCUCAAUCUUCACAAGAUCACAGACCGUUCUUAGGCAUUAAAAAGAGGGAAAAUCUAGAAACUGACGCCUGCCGGACAGGCCACUUCCUUUCUAGAUAGGCAAUCUUAGAGGGAACCUUUCCUUCAAAUUUAAUGCCCAUCAUCCCAGACACGUGUGGAACAUGACGUCCUGAGCCCUUGCAGGGUCUUCUCGCAAUGCACACAGGAUCCUCUAGGGGGCGCCCUCGAAGAGCGGUGCAGCUCCCUCCCUCCGUCGCUUGCGAGAGAACUGAGCAUGCGCCGGCCUCUUUCCCAAGUCGAGAGGGGUGCGAGACUCCCGAGGCUUGAAAGGUUCUCCAGUGCCCGGAGGAGCCUUUCAGGGAAGGGAAGAGGCUGCAGGGAAGACUUGGACUUGGAGGUCCAGACAUACAUCAAAAAAAUUUCUGGUUCUUCGGGAAUCUUACGAAUCUUGUCUGGGAAGAGAGCUGAAUGGCCUUGGAAAAUUUGUCCAGACCUCUUGUGAACAGAAAGACCUGUGGAGAUCCUUGAGUCCAUUUUGGAGCUUUAUUAGAGACCAGAGAGAAGAUGGAGGGACAACACCCAGCAGAUGCAGAAGUUAGAAAAGGCCCUCCAGCUGCUCAGCCUUGGAGCUGUGGGAAGAAUGGGGCAAGUCCUGGGCAGAAGAGCCACGAAGAGGCAUCCAAUAGUUCAGAGGUCCAAUGCUGUCACUUCACAAAAGUGCAGUUUCAGGAGGGGAGCCGUCCCCGAGAUGUUUGCACUCAGCUUCACUACCUUUGUCAUCAGUGGCUGCAACCAGAAAAACACACCAAGGCUCAGAUGCUGGAUCUGGUGCUCCUGGAACAAUUGCUGGCUGUCCUUCCCCCAGAGAUGGUGAAAUGGGUGCGGGAGUGUGGAGCAGAGACCAGUUCCCAGGCGGUGUCCCUGGCUGAAGGCUUCUUGCUGACUCAGGAGGAGGAAAACAUGCAGGAAGAGUUGCAGAAAUCCAUGGAAGCUGUGACUGAAUAUCCUAAGAGGGGGAAAGAUUCAUUCAGUUCUUCUCAAGAGCUGCUGUUCAGGGAGAACUUCCAGAAAGAUCAAAGUCAAGAUGCUAUGCAAGAGUGUAGGAAGUUGUCCUUGGAGUUUUUACAAUCACCUCUUUGUCCUGGAGAUGAAGGAUUAGCUGAACCUCUACUUCAGGAUGUUGUGUCUUUUGAGGAAGUGGCCGUGUAUUUCUCUGAGGAGGAGUGGUCUCAACUGGAUGCUGACCAAAAGGCGCUCCACGGAGAAGUCAUGCUGGAGAAUUCCAGGAAUCUGGCUUACCUAAGCUUUAAUGGGCAAGAGAAUAAGAAUUGCAAGGAGGAACACCAAGCGAUCCAUUUGAAAUGGGAGGAAAGGAAAUUUGUAGAUCAGAUGCAACCAAAGAGUGAUGAAACAAAGAAAUAUCAAAGUGGAAUUAAAAAAGAUCUUCCUCUGGUCAGUUGGCUUCCUAACCAUACAGUGAUCGAUUCGGGAGAAAGACCAUAUAAAUGUAUGGAGUGUGGAAAGGCCUUUACUUGUAGCAGUAGUCUUUAUUGCCACAAGAGGAUCCACUCAGGAGAGAAGCCAUAUCAAUGCAUGGACUGUGGAAAGACGUUUACUUUUAGCAGCAGUUUUAAUUCCCACAAGAGGAUCCACACAGGUGAAAAACCUUAUAUAUGCAUAGAGUGUGGAAAGGCCUUUACUUUUAGCAGCAGUCUUAAUUCCCACAAGAGGAUCCACACAGGCGAGAGACCUUAUAUAUGCAUAGAGUGUGGAAAAGGUUUUAGGAAAAGUAGUAACCUUUCCUCCCACAAGAGGAUCCACACAGGAGAAAGACUUUAUAAGUGUAUGGAGUGUGGAAAGACUUUUACUUGUAGCAGUAAUCUUAAUUCCCACAAGAGGAUCCACACAGGAGAGAAGCCAUAUCAAUGCAUGGAGUGUGGAAAGGGUUUUAGGAAGAGUAGUAAUCUUGCCUCCCAUAACAGGAUCCAUACAGGAGAGAAACCAUAUGAAUCCAUGGAGUGUGGAAAGACCUUUACUUUUAGAAAGAUGCCUUGCCGAGAGAAGCGAGCGGUCGGAGUCCCUCCUGCUGGCUUUGCUUGCAAGGCUUCAACUCCGUGUAUGGCCUUGGAAAAUUUGGCCAGACCUCUUGUGAAGAGAAAGACCUGUGGAGAUCCAUGGGUGCAUUUUGGAGCUUUAUUAGAGACCAGAGAGAAGAUGGAGGGACAACACCCAGCAGAUGCAGAAGUUAGAAAGGGCCCUCCAGCUGCUCAGCCUUGGAGCUGUGGGAAGAAUGGGGCAAGUCCUGGGCAGAAGAGCCACGAAGAGGCAUCCAGUAGUUCAGAGGUCCAAUGCUGUCACUUCAGAAAAGUGCAGUUUCAGGAGGGGAGCCGUCCCCGAGAUGUUUGCACUCAGCUUCACUACCUUUGCUGUCAGUGGCUGCAACCAGAAAAACACACCAAGGCUCAGAUGCUGGACCUGGUGCUCCUGGAACAAUUGCUGGCUGUCCUUCCCCCAGAGAUGGCAAAAUGGGUGCGGGAGUGUGGAGCAGAGACCAGUUCCCAGGCGGUGUCCCUGGCUGAAGGCUUCUUGCUGACUCAGGAGGAAGAGUUGCAGAAAUCUGUGGAAAUUGUGACUGAAUAUUCUAAGGAGGGGAAAGAUUCAUUCAGAUCUUCUCAAGAGCUGGUCCUCAGGGAGAACUUCCAGAAAGAUCAAAGUCAAGACUCUACGCAAGAGAGUAGAAAGCUGUCCUUGGACUUUUUACAAUCACCUCUUUGUGCUGGAGCUGAAGGAUUAGCUGAACCGGUACUUCAGGAUGUCGUGUCUUUUGAAGAAGUGGCCAUAUAUUUCUCCAAGGAGGAGUGGUCUCAACUGGAUGCUGACCAAAAAGCGCUCCACAGAGAAGUCAUGCUGGAGAAUUCCAGGAAUCUGUUUUCUCUGGGCUUUAAUGGGCAAGAGAAUAAGAAUUGCAAGGAGGAACGCCAAGCAAUCCAUUCGAAAGGGAGGAAAAGGAAAUUGGUAGAUCAGUUGAAACUAAAGAGCGAUGAAACAAAGCAAUCACAAAGUGGAAUUAAAAAAGGUUUUCCUCAGGUCAGUCGGCUUCGUAAUCAUACAAUCAUCGAUACGGGAGAAAGACCAUAUAAAUCCAUGGUGUAUGGAAAGAGGUUCAAUAAAUCCGAUCAUCUCAUUUCUCAUAAAAAGGCACAUUCAGAAGACAAACAAUUUACCUGCAAGGAGUGUGGAAAGACCUUCAGUUAUAAUUACUCCCUUAUAAUCCAUCAAAAGAAUCACAGAGGAGAAAGACCUUAUCAAUGCAUGGAGUGUGGAAAGACCUUUACUCGUAGCACUCAUCUUAAUUACCACAAGAGGAUCCACACAGGAGAAAGACCUUAUCAAUGCAUGGAGUGUGGAAAGGCUUUUAGGCAGAGGAGUGCUCUGAUUCACCAUAAAACUAGCCAUACAAAGGAGAAGUUAUAUCAAUGCAUUGAGUGUGGAAAGGCCUUCUGUUAUUCUGAGUCUCUUAUAAUCCAUCGAAGGAGCCACACAGGAGAACGACCUUAUAAAUGCAUGGAGUGUGGAAAGACCUUUACUUGUAGCAGUCGUCUUAAUGUGCACAAGAGGAUCCACACAGGAGAAAGACCUUAUAAAUGCAUGGAGUGUGAAAAGACCUUUACUUGUAGCAGUCAUCUUAAUUCCCACAAGAGGAGCCACACAGGAGAGAAAUCAUAUCCCUGCAUAGAGUGUGGAAAGACCUUUUGUGAUAAUCACUCUGUUAGAAAACAUGAAAGGAAUCACAAAGGAGGACUUUAUAAAUGCAUGGAGUGUGGAAAGGGUUUUAGGAAGAGUAAUAAUCUUGCCUCCCAUAAUAGGAUCCACAGAGGAGAGAAACCGUAUCAAUGCAUGGAGUGUGGAAAGACUUUUACUUUUAGCAGUAGUCUUAAUUACCACAAGAGGAUCCACACGGGAGAAAGACCUUAUAAAUGCAUGGAGUGUGGAAAGACAUUUACUCGUAGCAGUAGUCUUAAUUCCCACAAGAGGAUCCACACAGGAGAAAGACCUUUUCAAUGCAUGGAGUGUGGAAAGACCUUUACUUGUAGCAAUAGUCUUAAUUCCCACAAAGGGAUCCACACAGGAGAAAGACCUUAUAAAUGUGCGGAAUGUGGAAAGACCUUUAGGUGGAAUUCUGCUCUUGACUCCCAUAAAAGGAUUCACACAGGAGAGAAACCAUAUCCCUGCAUGGAGUGUGGAAAGAGCUUUACUCGUAGUAAUGAUCUUAAUUCCCACAAGAGGAGCCACACAGGAGAAAGACCUUAUAAAUGCAUGGAGUGUGGAAAGAGCUUUGCUCGUAGUAAUGGUCUUAAUUCUCACAAGAAGAGCCACACAAAAGAUGUUUGCAGUGUGGAGAGGGCUUUAGAAAGAGUUAUGAUCUCAAUUCCCAUAAAAGGAUCCAUACUGGAGAAAAAAAAACCCAUAUGAAUGCAUGGAGUAAGGAAAGAGUUUUGCAAGGAGUAACACUUUAACUUGCCAUAGAAGCAUCCACACACGGGAGAAACCAUAUCAAUAAAGAAAUUGUGGAAAGAGCUUCAAUAAAAAUCCAGGUAGUUCUCGCCUUAUGACUGGAAUUGAACCCAAACUUUCUGUUGCUAAGCGAGACAGUUAACAAGUGUGUUUUGCGCCAUUUGAUGACUUUUCUUUCCACAUUUGUUAAGUGACUCACUAUAGUUGUUAAGUCAGUAACACUGUUGUGAAAUGAAUCUGGCUUCCCCAUUAGAUUUGCUUGUCAGAAGCUCACAAAAGGUGAUCGCAUGAUCCAGGGACUCUGCAACUGUCAUGAAUCUGUUGCCAAGAAUCUGAAAUUUGAUCAGGUGACCUUGGGGAUGAUGUAACGGUCAUAAGUGUGAAUAAUGGUCCUAAGUCACUUUUUUCAGUGCUUCUGUAACUUUGAACAAUCAGUAAAUGAACUGUAGUAAAUUGACAACUACCUAUAGUUGUCUAAAAUCUCCUACAAGUACAGUACCAUUUGAGUAAUAAUUCAAAUAACUUGUUUACCUUCGUAGAUAUGCAUGCAUAAAUUUCCUUUCUAGUGCAAACCAGAACAAGGUGAAUCCCUAAUCCUGCUUGGGGUUUUUGCCAAGUCCAAAUACUGGUGUAGGGUCUCCUGCUUAGGCGGGGAGUUGGACUAGAUGACCUAUAAGGUCCCUUCCAACUCUGUUAAUUUGUUAUCUGUUAUCUUUUGCGACCUUCUGACAAGCAAAGUCAAUGGGGAAGCCAGAUUCACUUCACAGCCAUGCUAAUAACUUAACAAAUGCAAUGAUGCACUUAACAACUGUGGCAAGAAAAAUUGUAAAAUGGGGCAAAAUUGCUUAACAAAUGUUUUAUUUAGCAACAGAAAUUUUGGGCUCAAUUCAGGUCGUAACUCACAGACUACCUGUAUUGAAAAAAUGAAGCAGGGAACAACAAAGGUUUUGUAGCAUUAAGAGAGGCAAUGGGGAUUGUGUUGCUGCAGUCGCACAAUGUGACUUCUGAGGCUACAAUGGAGUUUAGUUAUAGUUUUUUUCUCUUUCCCGCUGUCUGUCUCUGCGAAGUUAGGGAUACUCGAGAGAAUGAGAGUGAAAGACCUUUGCUUUAUUGAUAACCAAAAUAAAAAUAAACCUAAUAAAAUAAUAUGAAAUUAAGAAAAACGACUUCAGAAAAUAACAUCAGUUUCUCCUGACAGAUAGAUAGAAAGAGGUGAGAUCUGGUUCUAGGACUGGUAGAUCAUAAUACUCGCAAAUCAUGGAAACUUAUGUGCCUCUUAAUAUGUGAGAAACUCAUCACAUAUAUCAAUGUAUCCUAUAUGGAAAAAUUUUGAGGAUGAAGAAUCCCUCUCACAAAAUAAGCCAAAAUGAGGGGAAGCCCAUGAAGUGAAUGUUCAAAAAAAAAAAAACCUUUUUCAAACAUUUUUUGCCUUUCUAUGGUCUGACAAGGAUUAGGAAAAAGUCUAUAAAUUUGAUUGAAAUAAACUUAAUUAAAUAUCA